CUUGAGUAAACAAUCUACCUUAAAGGUCACCACGCCGUAAGUAUUUGCAUGACGUACCAAAAAGUUGAUACAUUAUCUCACAAGUGCAGUGAACAACUUUGGUAUAUAAAGUAUCACUCCCGCUUAUAUAAAAUCACAAACCUACUUAAGAACCUUGAAUGAAGAAUCACUGAUCCACUCACCAUAUUUCCAAAACUACAACCAUGAAAAUCGGUAGUAUAGUUAUCGUGGUUUGUGCUGUGUUAACAGGGUCACUUGCUGUUCAAAAACAUAAUGCAGUUAAAAUUGUAGAUGCGUUGGUAGACACCGAUGAAAUAAGUCCAAAAUGCCUAGAGAGCUUGAAGCUUUUUGCUUACCGACUGAAUACGAUAGGAAGUGAAGAGGAUCUAUGGGCGCUCAAAAUGUUGGACGCUACAUCCAAAAUGCCCGUAGGUUUAUUGUCAUAUAAUUUUGGAGAGAUGGGAAAUUUCAAGCAGUGUAUCGAGACCGUGUCUCAAAGAGACCACAUCAAGGGUAAAUACUGUUUGGGAAAUAUUGUUAUAAACACCACUGCAAUUGAUUAUUCCGCAAUAACCAGAAAUUACGCAUACAUAAAGCGCUUAAUUUCUAAAAUAUCAGACGGAGUUCACAUGGUAGGUUAUCCAACAUGGGCACUAUGUCUGCCCAGCAACUGUACGGAUGAGGAUGCAAAAUAUGUAAUGAGUAGAUCUCAAACUCUUGGAACUGGAAUAGAUUCCAUAACAUGUCAGACCAUUGAAGAUGUUAAUCCGCCUUUGGACUACGCUGCAAUUAUUGGACUAUCCAUUUUGGGCAUUCUGUUCCUAGUCGUUAUUAUGUCCACAAUUUACGACUUAUAUUGUCAAAAUAAAUAUAAAGAAUAUCAACAAUCGGCUUAUACAGCAUUUUCCGUAUACACAAAUGGAAAAAAACUUUUUCAAGUUUCAAAACGUGUAUCGCCUUUGAGUUGCCUAGAUGGGAUCAGAGUGAUUAGUAUGAUCUGGAUCGUAAUGCUCCAUACUUAUUCUGUUUAUACAACGGGACCAGUAUUUAAUUCCAAAGAUGUCGUUAACCUUUCCAAUUCGCUCAUCAGCAUGGUUUUCCUAAAUGGAAGUUUAGCUUGUGAUACGUUCCUAAUUGUAGCAGGCACCUUAGUUACUUACGUAUUUUUCAAGAAAGAAAAGUCGAGUGAAAUAAACGUCUCCAGUGUAGCGAAGCAUUAUUUCCACAGAUACAUGAGGUUAACUCCUGCAUUGGCAGGCGUAGUUCUAGUGUCAGCCACUCUUUUAAAAUAUAUGGGAUCAGGACCUAGGUGGCCCCUUUUUGUUCAAUUCUUUCAAGGAUUUUGUACGCAAAAUUGGUGGACAUCCCUUCUGUAUAUUCAAAAUGAGGUCAAUGUUGAUCAAAUGUGCGUUGGACAUACAUGGUACCUAGACGUAGACAUGCAAUUAUAUAUUUUGUCACCUUUUAUAUACUGGAUGCUCCGACAGUAUACAAAAACUGGUUUAGCGUUAUUAAUCGUUGGUACUCUAGCUUCCAUAUCUAUUGGUUUCUUUAGAGCCUUCGAGGAUGAAUUAUCUGGACUGCAAACAAACUAUUACGCAAAAACACCAUUCAAUGUCUACUUGAAUGAAUAUUAUCUAAAGACUGAAACAAGAGCUGCACCGUGGUUAAUUGGUACCAUUCUGGGGUACAUGUUAACUAGGAAAACUUUUAGAGACAGUCGUAUAUCAAAGCACAUCGUAGUACCUAUGUGGUGUUUAAGCUUGACUGUGAUGCUUCUUUGCGUACUUGGAGGCCAUAGUACCUUAAGAGGUCCGGAAUAUCAUAGAUUAGAAAAUGCUUUUUAUAUUGCAUUAGUUCGACCGUCUUUUGCGUUGGCAGUAGGAUGGAUAAUAUGGGCAUGCGCUACUAACCACGGAGGAUUUAUAAAUACAGCGCUAUCCCACGGAGUAUUCCAGUUUUUAAAUAAGUUUAUCUACAGCAUCUAUUUGUUGCACGUUACCUGUUUAUAUAUGAUAAUGUUCGCACAAAAGAGGCCACUUUAUAUGACAAUCUUUAAUUUGGUUUACUGGUUUUGGGGAAUAUUUAUGCUAAUGUUUGGACUAUCCAUUAUAUGGGUACUCGUCUUUGAAAGUCCUAUGAUUGUUUUAGAGAAAAUAAUAAUUUCCAAAUUGAAGAAACUAGGUUCGAAAUCCAAGUUGAAUAACCAAACGGUUUGCGAAAAUAUGAAGAGAGGAUUGUCACUCUAUAGAGAAAAUUGUUUUACGGAGGACCCCAGAGUUAUAAAUAUACCAAAAAUAUGUCCAGAAACAAAGCCUGUUACAUGUCAGGAAGAAGUAAGGUUAUACGAAGGACAAAGGUAAUGUAGGUACCUACAAGAUUUUAUGUUUUCGAUAUCAUUAAUUUGGUCUAAAAACUUCCAAUUCAACGGGAGAACUAGUGGGACUACGGGAGGACUACGUUCUUACGAAUAAGUACUCAAAUGAAUCAAUGGUGUUCCAUAAUUUCCUUUAUUAGCAUAUUAUAAUAAUUUAUAGUUUAUUUAAUAACUAAUGUAAAAUUCUUGUAAAUGAUGUUAUUAUUGUAGUGAUUGUUAAUAUUUAUGUGUAUUUGUAUAGGUACACACACCCAAACUUAUAAGGAAUCAUCUGAUAUUUCUUACUAUUUCGUGCGUAUAGGGCUUUUCAUCGAUUGUCAUUUGUUUCGAGCUUCUGUCAUGUGUCACAUAAUAUUAAUAUAUCUACGUCAUACGUCUUUGGUUUGUAUCAUUGGUAUAUACCUAUAACGUACGACGUAGAUAUAUUAAUAUUAUGUGACACAUGACAGAAGCUCGAAACAAAUGACUGUGAAUGAAAAGCCCUAUUAAAAAAAACGAACACACAACGUCAAACAAUAUUUAUUUUAAAGCAAUUUAGUAACAAAUACAUAACAAUUGAAUACAACAAUAAAGUAUUUAACAAACAAAUUGAAAGUAGUUGUUUUAACCCUUCAAGGACGAACUUUUGUUUUUAUUAAAAAACUGAAAAAAAGUUCGUGAUUUAUGUUUUAUUUUGAACAAAUAUUAAAAUUAUAAUAGAACAUUAAACAAUUUAAGUAUUUUUUAUAUAAAAAAAGAAGAUUGCCAUAUGGCAACCGUAGUCCUUUCUACUACCUAUAUUAGAAUAAACAGUAAAAAUUACUACAACUAUGAAAAACAAUAAAAACUAUGAAUAACAAUAAAAACUAUAAAUUAUUUAGUGUGAAAUUGCACAUUGCACGCUAGGCAUAAGCCAACGUUACAUUUAGAGCACAUCGUUCUCAUUAUAGACUUGCACCUUUUAUUUGCACAUUUCUUUUUCUUAUUUUCCGGAGUAGAUACCAGAAAAUGGCUAAGAUUAUCAUACCUAAUAUCAUGUCAUAUUCCAUGUACCAGUAGUAUUUUUUGCCAGAUGAUUCGUUAUAUCCAGUUAUGAUCAAAAUUAUUAUAAAACAUUUCAUGUCGUUGAUCGUAAUUUGGGGAUCUGCUAGAUUUUUAAAAUGUGCAUACCUCGUAGAUUCUGUAACCAAUAGUUCGAUUAUUUCGUCAUCAAAAAUUUUUUCGAAAAGUUCAAAGGGCGUGCAGUUACUGUAUCCUUCGCAGCUGGAUGCUGGAAAUGGCCUAGCAGUUGCUUCCAAAUCUCCGUCUUUGUCCCAGUUUACCUAAACUAAAUAAAAUUUUAUCACCUAUAUUUUUCGUAAAAAUACAAAAUAGGUAUACCUUGGUAGCGUCUAUUUUCUCCAUUGCAAAAUCCUUUUCGUUCGAAUUGCGAACCUGAAGCUCGGCUGGAGCUCGUAAUUGGCUUGCUGGUAAAUUAUCUACCAUACCACCAUUAUUCUCAUCAGCAGAAUCUUCAUCGGUCAAUUCAUUUGUGUCUGGUGGUUCAAUGUAGAGUCCCUCCACAUCUAAAUCGUCCGCGUACGUACGCCAUUUGUAACGCCUCUUCAAGAGUAAAGCCUCUUCUAAAAUAAAAUAAAAACAUUCAAUAAGAGGUACUGAAAGAGACUCUGGUUGCCAUAUGGCAAUUUCAGUUUUUCCCGCCCUAAAAUAAUUACACACUAAAAGAAAAAGGCAAACUAAUGCAAAAUUUUUAAAAUCUAGUAUAUUCUUUUAAAUAAAAUCGUAUACUAAACAAAAAAUAAUUUAUAUUAGGUAUUAAAAAGUUACUUACACAAAUCUGAUGUCCAUUUUCUUACACCAACAAAAAUCGGAUAUAUACACAACGAUGUUAAUCAAACAAAACACUAACUUGAGACUGAACUUUAAGUACUACCUUAAAAUAUACUUAUUUUACUAUUCAGAGCAGCAUGCGCCAUCUGCUUUUUAAUAGAGAAUCCUACUGAAAAAAUUAUUUAGAUCACUGCUUACAAUGGUUGCCAUAUGGCAACCAUAGUCUUUUAAGGGUUAAAGUCAAUAGCAUACAAAAUUUCAAUGUAAAACGAAUAAUGUUUAAAUUGUUUUUAUUUUUUUUUUUUGUAUUUUGUGGUAGUCAGUGUUAUCAUCUCUAGUCCUUAUGCAAGCUUCAGUUUGCGUGGGCACGCGACUAAUCAAAUUAUCAACGUUUUGUUGUGGUAGGUUGUUCCAUUUUUUAAGAGCAGCUUAUAAUAGCCGUGCGGUGUUUUGGCCGUGAUGUAAUACUCUAUAGGAUUAAGCUCGGGUGAACAAGCAGGCCACUACAAACAAGGGAUACUUUCAGCUUCAAUGAUGUUUGUAGUUACUCUAAUGGUAUGUAGAGGUCCGUUAUCAUACAAUAAAAUUAAAUUUUCUCCUAUUUCACCUCUCCAGAGCCCGACUACAGGUUAUCAACAUACCUGUGAGCAGUUAAAGUUGAUUGGAUGAAAAUUAAAAGAGUUUUUUUACGGAUCAAAAUUCCUCUCCUGAACAUUACACUUCCCCUUGUAUAUUUGUAAACAGAUCUGACAGUUUUUGUUCUUGCUUGUCUUCCUCGACCCCUAAGUAAACGAUUUCGUGGGUAAUCUGAUUUUACACAAAUUCUGACUUUUUUUGAAAAUGGCACAUUUUGUCAAUUCCCAAUGUUCCAGUUUUGGUGGUGAAGGCACCAAUUUAGGCGAUCAAUCUUGUGCUGACUGGAUAACUCUUCUUCUUCAGGUGCCAUCUCCGCUACGGAGGUUGGCAAUCAUUAUAGCUAUUUUAAUUUUUAAGGAAGUAGCUCUAAAUAGUUGUUUUGAGCUACAUCCAAACCAUUCUCUUAGGUUCUGGAUAACUCGGGAAGCCAUAACUGUCUCCUGCUGUAUACUUCUUGGUACGAACUCUUCUUCUUAUCGUUUCAACUGAAACAGUUACACCUGUAGCUUCCAAAAGCUACCUUUAAAACUGCAGAUGAGAAAUGGUUGGGUGUCUUCCAGCUGAUUGGACAAUUAUUAAACGAUCGUGGAGAUCCGUUAUUACUUUUGGAGACUUCCCUUGCUUUAUUUUUGAGCUUUCCUAAUUCCUGUUACCUAGCAUAGGUUUUGGACAGAACGCCCUGUAUUACGCCUAGCUCUACAGCUAUGUCCCUCUAUGAACAUUACUUUCUCCACAAGACCAAUAAUCUUUCCUCUUUGUAAGUUCUAUAACCCCACAUAUGGCAUAUUUUCGUUUUUGGACGCAAAAGUUAGUUUAUUUUUUUUAUUCAAUUUGCAACUCAAGCAACCUAUACCGUACCGGGCUGUACUAUCCGAUUGUCUUAUAUAUUUGUUUAUUUUCAAUAAAAAACUUUAUUUUUCGCAACAAUAGCAAUAGUCUGGGCUGAUUAUCGGAGAAUAGGCCAUUUUUGGGAAAAGUUAUUUACCAGCAAUUUUAUUGCUGGAAUCGAAUUAUAAGAUCCUAUAUAUUAAUAAUAUAGGUACGCAAAGUCCUCAGAUAGUGUGCUACUUUUUUUAUAAACAAAAUGGCGCCCGAAAAUCGUGUUUUUUUCAAUUAUUGCUCUAGAACUCCGAAGAUUUUAGCUUUACAACAAAAACGCUCAAAUAAAAAUUCACCGUGAUUAAAUUCUGCAUAGAGACAUCUUUUUCCCGAUCUGCUCCGACGAAAAUUUUCCUCGGAAAAUGCGGGUUUUCCCAACAAAAUCUUUAAUUUUCAAAUAAAGUUUUAGAUAAAUAAUUAUUUACCAAUAAUUAAAUAAUUUGGUGACUUAAAAGCCUUCUUGGUUUAGAUUAUAGUUCCAGAAGCUGGUGAAAAUUGAACGAAUAUUUUAGCAACAAUUCAAUUAUUAAUUAAUAAUUUACGGUCGCAAUAAUAACCAAAAUAAUUAUGAUGCACUGAUCAAACUUUGAAAUCUUAUAAAGAUGAGAUGCCUAUUUAACAUUUUGUUGACAAAAUAUAAUUUUUUUAUUUUUUUGCAUAAUCUUUAAAUGUUUAAAAAAAAUAGUUAUAAACAAAUUAACGUUUAUCAGAAAGUUUUUAUCAUAUUAUAAUUUUAAAAAGUAGCUAAAAUGCGCAUUUCAAAUAUAUUGAAAAUGAAUGCUUUAAAACUUUUUUGCAACCAUUUGCAAAAAAGUUAUGAAACAGCAAAAUAAACAUACUAUUACUACGGUGUUAAUAUUUUUUUUUAAUUCUUUCAAAGCGUAGAAGUGAGUUUAAAGUACAAGCUAAUUAUUUAUAAAACAAUAUUGAUUAUCAGCUUAAUGGUUAUAUUUUAAUUAAAGAUUAUAAAUAUAUCUUUUUUAAUUUACACGCGCGAAAGUAGAAUAAUACAGUACCGUAGCUACCCGCCCACAUACACAACUCGCGCGUGUUUAAGCGUGUCAGUCGCUUCGAGUGAACAUUUUAUCUCCGGCUCUGUAUCAAGCCUACUUUCGCGCUAAAAAUUACAAAAAAAAGUAUUUUUAAUAUUUGAUUAAAAUAUAACCAUUGCACUAAUUUUUGACAUUCUUUGUGAGUAAUGAGAUUGUACUGUUCUUACGAUGUCAGUUGGACCAGAAGCAUUUUUGGGGUCCGGUCAAUAAUUCUACGAAGAGCAUAGAAAUAAAGAUGAACCAUAUAAACAUUUGCUUGCUUCAAAAUUGAUCACUCCUUGUAUUAGUCCACAUGGACGCGGGUGUGGCUUACUACUUUCUAACGUAUCUUAUUGGGCAAUACUGAAGAGUAAUUGGUAAAAUUGUUCGGAAGUGCUUAGGCUCAAAUCAUAUCGUUAUCUGGUCAAAAUACCUUCUCAUGUUUCAAAGGCGGCAAGCAAUAUAAACACUAAAUAAACAGUGUCGUCGUAAUAACUUACAAUUAUUUUAUUUUUAUAAUACAUUUUUUGUCUCAUUUCUUUAGUACUUAAAAAAUGAAUAAGCACAUUAAAAUGCAUUUGUAAGUAUUAUAUACUUUUAAUGAUCAAUUUUAAAUUUUAUUGUAUUGUAUUAUACUGAAACUGUAUUAUUUAUACAGGAUAUCCCAUAUAUUAUGCGAGAUUUAAUGACGUCAAUUUGCUCAGUCCGCUGAUUGGAUAAUGUAAUUAAUGGAAUUUUUCAUGUUUCAUAUUUUUAUUUUUUCCAUAUUUUCCUUUGUAUGUGUCCAUGUCUAAGAGCCAUAUAUGAGGAGAGGGAGUGUACAUUGAUUGAAGACUCUUGAUUUUAGGUAUUGGGGGUAUUUUUUUUUCUUUAGAAUAAAAGACAGUUUUCCGAGUGAUGCCCAGGCCAAUCUUAUUAUUUUUUUUUUAUUUCUUCGGUCUGAUUUUUUUUAUUUAAUUUAGUGAUUUGUCCUAGAAUAUCUCUUUUACUUGCUUUAUUCUUGUUUGUGCCACUGUAAUUAUUGGUUCUCCUUGUUGAUUGGUCAUGGCUUUUGUUUUACUGUAAGCGAUGUUCAGUCCCAUCUUUGUCGAUUCACUAUCUAGUGCUUCCAUCAUUCAUGGUAAUUCUUCACUAUUUUCUGUUUUAAUUCAAUAUAUAUACUUACAAGUCAAAAGUGACAUUUGGAAAAAUUGUGUAGCUCAAGUUCAAGUAAAAUAAAAAUAUUAUCUUGCUUUGUCACCAAUAUUAAUGUCUUCUUCUUCUUUUCCUUCUUCUUCUCCUUGUGUAGACAUGACUGUCUGUUUUUCAAUGUGGCUCCAGUAAGUUGUCAUUCCAUCGUUUUCGUGGUCUUCCCACUUAGUUUUGGAUCCCGCGUAUGAAAAAAAAGUUGAUUAAUAGCAAGCUGAAAAUUUUUUAAUAGCUUAAGGGUGUGUAGUUGGAGAAAUUUUGAUAUAUGGGAACACUGGAAUAGGGGAAGUUUUAAUUGUGGAACAGGUUAAAAAUUUGGAACGGCCAGACCACGAAAACGGCACAUGUAUUUUGUCCGACAGAACAGACUUAAACUCUCCGAACAGAGAUUAAACUCUCAUGCAAAAAUCAGCCUACUAUUUAUCACCAAAUGGGCGUUUUAAUGAGUGGAACAUGUAGAAUAUGUCAAAUGACAGGAAUUAUGACAGCUGAUAAAUAGCAGUCUGAUUUUCGCAUGAGAGUUUAAUCUCUGUUCGGAGACUUUAAGUCUGACCGUUCCAAAUUUUUAACCACAAUUAAAACUGCCCCUGUUACAGUGUUCUCAUAUAUCACAGUUUAUCCGACUAGACACCGUUUAAGCUAUUAACAAAUUUUCAGCUUACUAUUAAUCAACUUUUUUUUUCAUACGCGGGAUACAGACCUAACUGAUCGUCUUCCUAUUGGGAACCGUCUCUCGCCGUCCUUACUACUUUGUUUUUUGUCAUUUGGCUCAUGUAGUUGUUCCAUUAUACUCUUCUGCUUUUUACCCAGUUAUUGAUGUUGUCCACCUUGCAUAUCUGUCGUAUAUCUGCACUUCUACCUCUUCCCAUAUCCCAUCGAUUUUUCAAAGUAUUUUCAUCUCUGCUGUUUCUAGCAUUCUUUCUGUCCUUUCUGUAUCAAGUCGUGUUUCUGCCGCGUAUUUAUGUCAUUAUUGGUCUGAUAACUGUUGUGUAAAUUGCGCCUUUCACUUCUUUUCCAAUAUUGGUGUGGUAGUUAUAAACACGACAAGUGUCGAAUCAAGUUCUGAACACACGGAUAGUGAUAUAUUUCAACUUGUCAAAAAUAUGUCCUAUGUAUAGUAUUUUUACUACAAAAGCGAUAUUACGUAGGUCAAAAUUUUUGACGUAAGAGAACUGUCAAAACAUUAGAAUGUGAAUUUUCAUUAUUGCCAUGUUUAUUAUAAACAUGGAUAUAAUGAAGAGUCACAUUCUAAUGUUUUGACAGUUCUCUUACGUCAAAAAUUUUGACCUACGUAAUAUCGCUUUUGUAGUAGAAAUACUAUACAGUAGUAAAAGUGAUCUCUUUAUUAGUCAUGAAUUAGACAAUUCGACUGGAAGAGGAAUUGUUCGUUUUCAUGUAUUUUAUGUGUAUAUUCAAAGUGUAGUCUUAUUUCUUUAGUUCUCAAAUUAAUAAGCACGUUAAAUUUCAUUUGUAUUAUGUAUUUUUAAUUAUCUUUGGUGUCAAUCUCAUAAAGAAAUGUGAACAGUUAACAACAUUAUUACUGUUUAACAAAUAUUGAACCAUAAUUUACAAAUAAAAGUUUACUCAUUAAUUUCUAUUGCGCCGCCUAUGUUUUACAAACGGUGCCGACAAUCGGUGUCGAAUUUUGUUUUUAUACUGAUUCAACUGACAUCGUAAGAACAAUACCAUAGACUCACUUUUAAGCUUUGAAACAAUUAAAACAAAUUAUAAACAAUGGAGAUAUCGUAUAUUUAUUUUGCUGUUUCCUAACUUUUUUGCAAAUGGUUGGAAAGUUUUUUUAAAGCAUUCAUUUUCAACACCUAUGAAAUUCGCAUUUUAAGUAUUUUUUAAAAUUAGAAUAUAAUAAACAAUUUCUAAGAAAUAUUAAUUUGUUUAUAACAAUUUUUUUAAACAUUUAAAGAUUAUGCAAAAAAUGAAAAAUUUAUAUUUUGUCGACAAAAUAUUAAACAGGCAUCACACCUUUUUAAUCUUUCUAAGUUUGAUCAAUGUCUCAUGAUUAUUUUGGUUGUUAUUGCGACUGUAAAUUUUUAAUUAACAAUUGAAUUGUUGCUAAAAUAUUCGUUUCAUUUUAACCGGUUUCUGAAUUUAUAAUCUAUACCAAGAAAGCUUUUAUUUCACCAAGCUAUAUAAUUAUUGAUAAAUAAUUACUGGCCCAAAAAAUUUAUUUGAAAAUUCGAGAUUUUGUUGGGAAAACCCACAUUUUCCGAGGAAAAUUUUCGUCGGAGCAAAUCGGGAAAAACAUGCCUCUAUGUAGAAUUAAAUUGGGGUGAAUUUUUAUUUGAGUAUUUUUGGUGUAAAGUUAAAAUCUUCGGAGAUAUAGAGCAAUAAUUGAAAAAAUACGAUUUGUCGGCGCCAUUUUGUUUAUAAAAAAAGUAGCACACUAUCUGUGGACUUUGCAUACCUAUAUUAAUAAUAUAUAAGAUCUUAUAAUUCGAUUAAAGCAAUAAAAUUGCUGGUAAAUAACCUUUCUUUGUACUUUACUAAUUAGACCAACGUAUUAUAACUUUUUUUUUUCAAAAUUUAAAGAUUAUGCAAAAAAAAGAAAAAUUUAUAUUUUGUCGAUAAAAUAUUAAACAAGCAUCUCAUCUUUAUAAUCUUUAUAAGUUUGAUCAAUGUAUCAUGAUUAUUUUGGUUAUUAUUGCGAUCGUAAAUUGUUAAUUAACAAUUGAAUUGUUGCUAAAAUAUUCGAUUAAUUUCACCGGCUUCUGGAAUUACAAUAUAUACCAAGAAAUCUUUGAUGUCACUAAGUUAUUUAAUUAUUGAUUAAUAAUUACUUACCUAAAACUUUAUUUGAAAAUUAUAGUUUUUGUUAGGAAAACCCGCAUUUCCCGAGGAAAAUUUUCGUCGGAGCAAAUCGUGAAAAACCUAUCUCUAUGCAGAAUUUAAUUGCGGUGAAUUUUUAUUUGGGUGUUUUUGUUGCAAAGUUAAAAUAUUCGGAGUUAUAGAGCAAUAAUUGAAAAAAAUACGAUUUGUCGGCGCCAUUUUGUUUAUAAAAAAAGUAGCACACUAUCUGCGGACUUUGCAUACCUAUAUUAUUAUUAUAUAGGAUCUUAUAAUUCGAUUCCAGCAAUAAAAUUGCUGGUAAAUAACUUUUCCAUGAAUUUUUCUAAUUAGCCCAGAGUACAAGUUUUUUCAAAUGAAAUAAAUAUUACUUUGAAAUACAUGGUAACUCCAUAUAAGUUUGGGUAUGUGUAUAUGUGUAUACCUACACAUAAUUUGUUAAGUUAACGUGAUAUUUUGUCAGUAUUAAAGCUUAAAUAGAUAUUUGUUCUUAAA